GAAAAGUCUCUCUCUCUCCUCUCUCUCUCUCUCUCUCGCUCUCUCUCUAUUUCUUGGGGAAUCUUGCUUUCUUCGUCAUCUUGUCGUCUGAAUCUGUCCGACCUUCCCUGCUCAAGGGGGGAAAGUGCAUAAAUUUCCACUUGCCCGUCUGCAGUUCCCAUCCGCGGCCAUCUUCCUCUCGCUCCUCUUCUUCUUGAAAUCUUGAUCAAAGAGGGAGGAGAGACAGAGAGUGGAAGAGAGAGAGAGAGGGAGAGAGAGGGAGGGAGAGAUGGCCGCCAGCCAUCUGGGUCUGGUGAAGUUCUUGUUUUUCCUGGCGACCGCCUCCGUCUUCCUCGCGCAGAUCAAUGCAGAGAAAGCACUUUCCCAGCUCAAGCUCAACUCUCAUAUCCUCCAGGACUCUAUAAUCAAAGAGAUAAAUGAGAACCCCAAUGCUGGAUGGCAAGCUGCCAUGAAUCCUAGAUUCUCAAACUUCACUGUUGGCCAAUUUAAGCAUCUCCUUGGAGUUAAGCCAACACCUCAAGGGGAGCUGAGACAGGUUCCUGUCAAAACUCAUCCAAAAUCCUUGAAGUUGCCAGAAAAGUUUGAUGCUAGAACUGCUUGGUCCCAGUGCAGCACUAUUGGAAGAAUUUUAGAUCAGGGUCAUUGUGGUUCAUGCUGGGCAUUUGGUGCUGUUGAGUCACUGUCAGAUCGUUUCUGUAUCCAUUUUGGAAUGAACAUUUCUCUGUCCGUCAAUGAUCUUUUAGCCUGCUGUGGCUUUCUGUGUGGAGCCGGUUGCAAUGGAGGUUAUCCCAUGUUUGCAUGGCGCUACUUUAUGCACCACGGCGUUGUCACUGAAGAGUGCUAUCCAUACUUCGAUGAUAUCGGCUGUUCCCACCCUGGUUGUGAGCCUGAAUAUCCUACUCCGAAGUGUGUGAGGAAGUGUGUGAACGGGAACCAGAUGUGGAAGUCCUCAAAACACUACAGCGUCAGUGCAUACAGAGUUGAUUCCGAUCCGCACAGCAUAAUGGCUGAAGUUUACAAGAAUGGACCUGUCGAGGUGUCUUUCACUGUUUAUGAGGAUUUCGCUCAUUACAAGUCAGGAGUUUACAAGCACGUUACUGGCGAUGUGUUGGGUGGUCACGCUGUUAAGUUGAUUGGCUGGGGAACUACCGACGAUGGCGAGGAUUAUUGGCUUAUGGCGAAUCAGUGGAACCGAAGCUGGGGCGAUGAUGGUUAUUUCUUGAUCAGAAGGGGCACGAAUGAGUGUGGUAUUGAAGAGGAUGCAGUUACUGGUUUGCCCUCAACCAAGAACCUUGUCAAAAAGGUUGCGAGUGUGGAUGAUUCCGAGGAUGCUUCCCUGUGAAGGGUAUGGAAUUCUGCGUCGUAUUAUGUGUUGUUCGUACGCCAGUCCCCGUGGAAGAUGAUAGUUUGGACUCCAUUCAAGCAAGUACUUCCCCGGUUGCUAGUCUUGUCACGGCAGCGAUGCUAUCAUGCUGUUUUCCUCCUUGUAUCAAUAGACUCCUGUUUCCGCAAGAACACUCGAAAUCUUGAUCCAUACAAGCUGUACUCAUAUUUUUAUCACCAUCAACUGCAAUUAUGCUUGCUGCAGAAUUGAACCUCGA